CGUGGUCCCCCUGGCUGCCUACAACCGGUCCCUGCUUGGGCUGUCUAGUCUGGCGUUCAACGGUGUUGGUCACAACCGGUCUUCAGGCGAGAUCAGAGGACGGAGAAAUCCUUUUCGGUUUUUCGCCAUAGAAAUAUGGUAGUGUCCUUUCGGUUGGAUGCCUUGUCUGCUGGUCUGGUCUGGUCUGCCAUGGUGGGGCUCGCAUGAGGAGCCAGGUGCCACCGUAAAUCGCGUUCGACUCUCAGGACUCGACUAUCGGCAAUCGACUGUCUGGCAAUCGACUGUCUGGCGAUCAACUCUCUGGCAUUCGUCUCUCUGGCAUUCGUCUCUCUGGCAUACGUCUCUCGGCAUUCGACUCUCGGCAUUCGACUCUCGGCAUUCGACUCUCGGCAUUCGACUCUCGGCAUUCGACUCUCGGCAUUCGACUCUCGGCAAUCGACACUCGGCAAUCAGCUCCCAGCUUCAGUGUUCGGCUCCCAGCAUCCGAGUAUCCAGUAAGCAGCUCCUCCAGCAUUCGACAACAGCAGCAAUUUUUUUUCUUUUUCUUUUUUGGGUGUUUCGAG